AAAUAAUGCAAAUUCAGGAUGCAGAGGAGCAGUGAGGACAUGUCCACGGUGCGCCUGCCCAUUGUGGGCAUGACCUGCCAGUCGUGCGUGCGCAACAUCCAGGAGCAGAUUGGCCAGAAACCGGGAAUAAUCACGGUUCGCGUUGUCCUGGAGGAGCAGGCGGGCUACUUUGACUACGAUCCGCGGCAAACGGAUCCCUCGCGGAUAGCCAGCGAUAUCGACGACAUGGGCUUCGAGUGCAGCUAUCCUACGGAUACCCAGCAAUCCUCCUCCUCCUCCUCCUCCGCCUGGACCAACAUCCGGGUGGUGGGCAUGACCUGCCAGUCGUGCGUACGCAACAUCGAGGGCAACAUCGGCACCAAGCCGGGCAUCCACAGCAUCGAGGUGCAGCUGGCGGCCAAGAAUGCCCGCGUCCAGUAUGAUCCCGCCCAGCAUGAUCCCGCCCAGAUAGCCGAGCUCAUCGACGACAUGGGCUUCGAGGCGAGCGUGCAGCCAGCGGAUUGGGAAACUACCUCCAAAUCCAAGUCUCCCUCACCCGCCGCCUCGUCGCCCAGGAAGAGGGAAACUCCUCCGGCUGCACAAAAUGGCUCCGCAGUGGCCAUACCCAUCGAACAGGAGCUGCUGACCAAGUGCUUCCUGCACAUCCGUGGCAUGACCUGCGCCAGCUGCGUGGCGGCCAUCGAGAAGCACUGCAAGAAGAUCUACGGCCUGGACACCAUUUUGGUGGCCCUGCUGGCCGCCAAGGCGGAGGUCAAGUUCAAUGCCAACGUGGUGACGGCCGAGAAUAUAGCCAAAUCCAUCACAGAGCUCGGCUUCCCCACCGAACUCAUCGAUGAGCCCGACAACGGCGAGGCGGAGGUGGAGCUGGAGAUCAUGGGCAUGACCUGCGCCUCCUGCGUCAACAAGAUCGAGAGCCAUGUGCUCAAGAUAAAGGGCGUGACCAGCGCCUCCGUUACACUGCUAACGAAAAGGGGCAAAUUCCGGUACAUCACCGAGGACACGGGACCCCGGAGCAUCUGCGAGGCGAUCGAGGGGCUGGGCUUCGAGGCCAAGCUGAUGACCGGGCGGGACAAGAUGGCCCACAACUACCUGGAGCACAAGGAGGAGAUCCGGAAGUGGCGCAACGCCUUCCUCGUCUCGCUGAUCUUCGGCGGACCCUGCAUGGUGGCCAUGAUCUACUUCAUGCUGGAGAUGAGCGACAAGGGCCACGCGAACAUGUGCUGCCUCGUUCCCGGCCUUUCGAUGGAGAACCUGGUGAUGUUCCUGCUCUCGACGCCCGUCCAGUUCUUCGGCGGCUUCCACUUCUACGUGCAGUCGUAUCGGGCGAUCAAGCACGGCACCACCAACAUGGACGUACUGAUCUCGAUGGUCACGACCAUUUCGUAUGUCUACUCCGUGGCCGUGGUGAUUGCCGCCGUUCUGCUGGAGCAGAACAGCUCACCGCUUACCUUCUUCGAUACGCCGCCCAUGCUGCUGAUCUUCAUCUCGCUGGGCCGCUGGCUGGAGCACAUAGCCAAGGGCAAGACCUCGGAGGCGCUGUCCAAGCUACUGUCCCUCAAGGCGGCCGAUGCGCUGCUGGUGGAGAUCUCGCCGGACUUUGAUAUCGUCAGCGAGAAGGUGAUAUCCGUGGACUAUGUGCAGCGCGGCGACAUCCUGAAGGUGAUUCCGGGAGCCAAAGUCCCGGUGGAUGGCAAGGUUCUCUACGGCCAUUCCAGUUGCGAUGAGUCGCUCAUCACCGGCGAAUCCAUGCCGGUGGCCAAGCGCAAGGGUUCAGUGGUUAUCGGCGGCUCCAUCAACCAGAACGGCGUGCUCCUGGUGGAGGCUACGCACACCGGAGAGAAUACGACGCUGGCGCAGAUUGUGCGACUGGUGGAGGAGGCGCAGACCAGCAAGGCGCCCAUCCAGCAGCUGGCCGAUCGCAUUGCCGGCUACUUUGUGCCCUUCGUCGUUGUGGUUUCCAGCAUCACGCUGAUUGCCUGGAUCAUCAUCGGUUUCGCCAAUCCGAAUCUGGUGCCCGUGGCCAUGGAGCACAAGAUGCACAUGGACCAGAACACCAUCAUCGUUAGCUAUGCCUUCAAGUGUGCGUUGAGUGUGCUGGCCAUUGCCUGUCCCUGUGCCUUGGGCCUGGCCACGCCCACAGCCGUGAUGGUGGCCACCGGAACGGGAGCGAUCAACGGAGUGCUGGUGAAGGGAGCCACCGCCCUGGAAAAUGCCCACAAGGUGAAGACUGUGGUCUUCGACAAGACGGGCACCAUAACCCACGGCACCCCGAUGACCAGCAAGGUCACCCUCUUCGUCCGCGCCCAAGUCUGCAGCCUGGCUCGAGCUCUGACGAUUGUGGGCGCCGCCGAGCAGAACAGCGAGCAUCCCAUUGCCUCCGCCAUUGUGCACUUUGCCAAGGACAUGCUGAAUGUGGGCUCUUCUCCACAGGGUGGUAGCUUCGGCAAGAGCAGCCAUUUCCAGGCCGUUCCCGGCUGUGGCAUCCGCGUCACCGUCUCCAACUACGAGCAAACGCUGCGACAGGCCUGCAAUGCCGAGCGGAUCAUCAACUACGAGAAUCUGCAUCGCAAUAGUCCGCUGGAAUCGGUCCCAGUGGACAAUGGAGCGAGUAUCGAGCAUCUGCUGCCGCAGCACAGCGUGCGCAAGUCGAUGGAACUGAACAACCAGCAGUUGCUAUCCGACUUGGUACUGGAAACGGAGGAGCAACUCACCACGGAUCAGCCAUUAAUUGAUGGCCCCGAGAUCCUAGUGCUCAUUGGCAAUCGCGAGUGGAUGCAGCGCAAUGGCAUCGAGGUGCCGCUGGAGAUUAGCGACUGCAUGACGCACGAGGAGCGAAAGGGACACACCGCAGUGCUGUGCGCCCUCAACGGGCAGCUGGUUUGCAUGUUUGCCGUCUCGGACAUGGUCAAGCCGGAGGCCCAUCUCGCCGUCUACACGCUGAAGCGGAUGGGCAUCGAUGUGGUGCUGCUGACGGGGGAUAACAAGAACACAGCGGCCAGCAUAGCCAGAGAGGUUGGCAUACGAACCGUUUAUGCGGAGGUCCUACCCUCGCACAAGGUGGCCAAGAUCCAGCGCAUCCAGGCCAGCGGCAUCCGCGUGGCCAUGGUGGGCGAUGGGGUCAACGAUAGUCCGGCGCUGGCGCAGGCGGAUGUGGGCAUAACGAUUGCCGCUGGCACGGAUGUGGCCGCCGAGGCCUCCGACAUUGUUCUCAUGCGCAACGACCUGCUCGAUGUGGUGGCCUGCCUGGAUUUGUCCCGCUGCACGGUGCGUCGCAUUCGCUACAACUUCUUCUUCGCCAGCAUGUACAAUCUGCUGGGCAUUCCACUGGCCAGCGGUCUGUUCGCCCCCUACGGCUUCACCCUGCUGCCGUGGAUGGCCUCCGUGGCCAUGGCCGCCAGUUCAGUGAGCGUGGUGUGCUCCUCGCUGCUGCUGAAGAUGUACCGCAAGCCGACGGCCAAGACGCUGCGCACGGCGGAGUACGAGGCGCAGUUGGCGGCGGAACGGGCAGGUGGCUCUGAGUUUGAACUGGACAAGCUCUCCCUUCAUCGCGGCCUCGACGAUCUGCCCGAAAAGGGGGGCAGGCUGGCCUUCAAGCGGUCCAGCAACUCGCUCAUCUCGCGCAUCUUCAUGCAGGGCAAUGGGGGCAUCAGCUCGCCGAAUGCCAAGCAUGAGGAGGGACUGCUGGAUCCCGAGGAGCAGUACGACGGGCGCACCAAGAUCGUGAGGAGUCGCUAUCAUGCCAGCGACAGCACCGAACUGCAGAAGCUGUGAGAGAUCAGAAGCUGAACGCAACCACACAAUCCAACCGAGGACCUCAAAACGACAAAUUUUCAGUGAAAUUCUUUUUGCGGGCUUUAAAUUGAACUAGUAAGAGAGAGCGAAUUAUAAGACCUGUGUAAAUAUUUGCA